GGUCGGAAUAUUUUUCUGACUUUUGAUUUUUGAGUCGCGUUUUACGUUUCUCCGACUUUACCGUUGGCACCAGAAAAACCAACUGUCUUGAAAACAUUGUACUGGUGUUAUCGCGCCUAAUUCAUCCGUUCUCUUCGUACUAUUCGCUGUUCCCAUAUUUACUGCAUUACUUCACGGCUGCCAUGUAACAGACCGUUGAUCUGGGGACUGUGCAGCAUUCUCUGUGUUUCGCUCUGAUCUCGAAGAGCCCAGUUUUGCUGGGGUUCUUGGGCGGAUUGCUGACUCACUCGUGCUUCGGUGGUACUACCCCCUUGUUGGCCGUCUAACUGGGAAUCUGGGAUAGUUUUCUGGGCGGUGUGGGAGCCAUAGCUAGGGAAGAAUGGUCCGUCAGAAGCGCGUGAAAGCUCCCGAGAGGAAAUUAUCCACGGCGGGCUUGUCGCUGUACCAGACGCUGGGGAUUAAGAAGGAGGCCUCGCCCGAGGAAGUUAAACGGGCCUACAGAACGAUGGCAUUGCGCUACCAUCCCGAUAAAAAUCCCGAUGAUCCCAACGCACAAGAAAAGAUUCGUGAUGUGAAUUUCGCCAACCAGAUCCUGUCGGAUGUGAAGAAACGCGAAUUAUACGACGCCUACGGAUCCAUGGGUCUGAGCGUGGCCGAGCAGAUCGGUGAGGAUAACGUGCGGCUGUAUUUCUUUGCUCAAGGCAAAUGUUUCAAGGCGUGUAUGAUCCUGUGCGGGAUCUUCACCGGAUGUUUCUGCUGCUUCUGCUGUUGCUGCUGCUGUCGUCCCUGCCGCAAGGCCACCGCCGACACCGACAAGGACGCCGAGAACCAGGCCCCGGACAACAACGACACCUUCGACGCGAAAUUCGACGCCAACCUGGCCGACGGCGAAGGCACACCGCGCGGCUUCGAGCACGAACAGUCCUCGCCGCGCAGCGACCAACCGCGGAUGUAGCCUCCAACCGCCCGGAGCUGGCGGCUCCCGUUGCACAGCUUCCGCGUGUUGUUUUUUACCUUUUUCUCUCUUUGUACUAACUGAACGGCGGAAAGCGCCGGCCGGAUGAUAAUGUUGAUCCAGCUGUUGGAAUUUUUUAUUAUUUUUUCUUUUGACGCAGCACAGUUGUGAUGGUUGUCAGAGAGCGGUGCCAUGUAUGUUUCGGGAACGUGCCAAGUUGCGAUUGCCUCUGCGUUGGGUCGGCUGCCCCCCUUUGACCGUUUUGUGAUUACAUAAACCCCCCUUCAGUUGAUUUUAAUUGCCGUUUGAUAAAUGCUUGAUGCAAGCCAAAGAAGCACAACAAGAAAGCACUGC